AUGAUGUCCCCUUUGGAAUCCCAACUGGUAUUAAUCUUCACAGUAUUCUUCAACGUUUAUCUAUUCUCGGCUAUUUCUGCCCAACUCUUAUUACUAUUUUUAAUAAAAACGUGCAAAGUUACGGCACUGAAAGAUAUGAGACUAUACUUAUUGAAUAUUUUGAUUCUACAGUUUAUAUCCACAAUGAGUGCGUUUCUGUCACAGUCCAGGGUGGUUCCGAAUUCCGAGACUGUGGCUAUUUUAUGUUACGGUCCUUGUAAAUAUUUGGGAGUAUUAACUUGUCAAGUUCUCUUCCAUGUUCUCAAAGUCUCAUUAUUUUCUUGUGCUGCAGCUUUGAUAAUUGCAUUUUACUACCGGUAUAACAUGAUCACAGCCAGAAGUUUUACUCGAACUCAUCACUACAGACAAUUGGUGAUAAGUUACAGUAUACCUACAGUCCUUUUGGUAUUCAACUUGUUCUCCCCGAGUGACCGUCAAAAAAUUGUCAAUGAGUUAACAGCUUUACACCCAUCUUAUGAUCUUGACAAUUACAUUAUCCUUGGAUUUUCUGAAGUAAAAACUGUGGUGGCAUCUGUAAAUACUGCGAUGAUAAUAUUGGGAGUCUAUGGAACACCAUUUGUUGCUUUGUAUUUUCGAAGCAAAAUCCUGAAAAUCUUGAACACAACUAAAUCUUAUCACUCAGAGAAGAUAGCACAGACAAAGAGCAUGAUUCAAGGGCUAACUCUCCAGACUCUUCUUCCACUUUUCUGUUAUAUUCCAAGUUUCACAUAUUUCAUUUACAAUCAACAUUAUCAAACUGAUAGUUUGAUCGUGGAAUUUGCUGUCAGUCCUAUUGGAUUUAUCUAUACAAUUUUUGAUCCACUUCUCACGAUUUAUUUUGUACUUCCUUAUCGCAGAGGUUUAAAAGCUAUGUUCCAGAAAAAUAACACCACUACGAAUAUUUUUAUAAUUUCGGAAACAACUAGAAGGAUAGUUUGA